CUGCCCCCCCCAUAAACACCCCACCCCACCCCCCAUCUCCUUUCAUCCUUGCCUUUCAUCUCUUCCUUGGGGAUGGCGCGCUGGUCGUCGUGGCAACCCCCCAAAGUGCCCCAGCUUGUUGCCAUGGCACCCAGAGCACCUUGGGGUGCCCGAGCCCCAUCCCAGGACCCCUGCAGCCCCCCCCCAUGGCUGUGCCCCACGGGCAGCCCCCUCCUGUGCUCCAGCGAUGCCCUGUGCCGAGCGUGGGGCCUUCCCCCCCCCCCCUUAAUCCGGGAGAGUGGUGGGAAGAGCGGGGUGGGAGGUGCCCCCACCUUGGGCAUCCUCUGCGCUCACCUCGGCCCUGCAGCUGCGCCAUGGCCAUCAGGGAGGAGCUGCGCAGCGGCUGCUUCUGGCGGGCCGUGCUGGCGGAGGCGAUGGCGACGCUCAUCUUCGUGGGGGUGGUGCUGGGCGCCUCGGCGGCCCCCGGCCCCCUGGCACCGGCGCUGGCGGGGGGUCUGGCGGCCGCGGCGCUGGCCUGCGCCCUCGGGGCGCCCCAGGCCAACCCGGCGCUGACGCUGGCGCUGCUCUGCACCCGCAAGCUGAGCGCCCUGCGCGGGGCCGCCGGGCUCCUGGCCCAGUGCACCGGGGCCGUGCUGGCCUCCGCCGCCGCGCGCUCGGCGCUGCCGGACGAUGCCAGCCUGGUCACCAGGGUGAGCUCCCCCGUCCCCGUGCCUGUCCCCGUCCCGGUGCCGGCAGGCGCUGAGGCCGGGCUGUGGCCGCAGGUGAGCGCGGCAGGGACGGCGGGGCAGGCGUGGGGCUGGGAGACCUUCGCCACCUUCCAGCUGGCGCUCGCCGCCUUCGCCACCGCCGACCGGGCAGCCGGCCCCACCGGGCUGGCCCUGGGCAGCGCUGUGGCUGCCGGCGCCCUGGCUGCGGGGCCGUUCUCGGGGGGCAGCAUGAACCCAGCCCGCUCGUUGGGGCCCGCCAUCGUCACCGGCAUCUGGGACGACCACUGGGUGUACUGGCUGGGGCCGGUGCUGGGUGCGGUGCUGGCUGGCUUCUCCUACGAGUUCGUCUUCGCCCCCGGUGCCUCGCGGGAGAAGCUGGGCGCCUGCCUCGCCUGCCGGGACGUGGCACUGGUGGAGGCCACCAGCCCGUCCCCCUCCUCGCCCCCCACCGCCCCCUCCAGGGGUCCCCCCCCAGCCGAGCGCGGCCAGGACACAGCCUGAGCCCCUGCAGCAUGGGGACAAGGUGCCCGGCGCCCCCAGCAGAAGGGGGGACUGCGGGGGGGGGUGGGCUCCUGCUCCUUGCACCCCCCCCCCCCCCCCCCAAACCUUCUUCUUCCCCAUGGGGAUUAAAGGCAGCUUUGGGCCAGAGCUGGGUGCAGAG